UAUACUGUGAACCGCCUCUCUCUCUCUCCUCCUCCUCCCCUGCCUUCUCCCCCACUUCUCCCCUGCGUUUAAGAGGAGCCUGAUCUCGUGCAUUGCUCCGGCACUACAAGCGGUGCCGGGGUCUCGCCUCCUCAAUCUCCUGGCGACGAUAAAAUGUUCUUGAGGUCGAGCUGCUCGGAGGUUCAGCGCAGCUGACCUGCUGGACUGCUGAGGUCUCGGUCGAACCCGGUAUCCUGCAGAUUUGGGAGCUGGGGUUUUCUUGAGUUCUGGAGGCCGAUCGAAGCCGUUGCGUCUGAUCCCUUGGGAGAUUCUCUGGAGCGGCGGAAGGUAGCGAGGCAUGGCUACUGUAUGUGAGACCUGUGGCGAUGUUGGUUAUGAACAUCUUCUGCUAUCUUGCGAUGACUGCAAGUGCGCCACACACCAAUACUGUCUAGCUGAGGUUUUGUUUGAUGGAUCAUCACUAGAACGCUGGUUCUGUAACCAAUGUCCACGAAAGCGUGGUGAAGUUACUCACGAGGAAUCUUUGCAUAAGGCGUCAAAUCAUGCUGAUUCUGGUUCAGCAGCAUGCCAGGCAAGUACCACGAGUGUAGAGUCAACAAUGGAAGCACGACCAUACAGAAACCAUAAGAGCAAAUCAAAAAGGUCACAUAUGCGACCUGUAGGUAACAAGACCAGUACAAGAGACUGCAAUGGUCCAAAUAUUUCUUGUGCUAGUGAGAAGGCACUUCAUUCCUGUGAACUCAUCUCCAUGGAAAUAUCUAAGGCCAGCAAUGAUGAGAAUCAGCAGGUUGAUGAUGAACAUUCUGUUCGUCCAAUAAACAACAAUCAUGAUGCAAAUCGCUUGCCAGCAAGGAUAAACAAAAUUAAUCCCGAAAAGCCGGUGGAAGAAUUUGAACCUCCAGGUGCUGCAGAGCAGUUGAACCCCCCAAAGGAUAGUAACUGCAUAUCGUCAGGGAACCUUGAAAUUGAAUAUCCAAAGGAUUGUCGCCUGACACCAGUCUUAGCAGCGGAAAAUCAGAAUGAACCAUCAAUGCUACUGGAUCAGGCGAAUUCAAGUUCUUUAUCAGAAACCACUUUGAAACAAAAGGUUCUUCGGGAGGCCAGUGAUACAGCUGUGGAACUUUCAGGUACUGUUCAAAACCGUGUAAAGGACAAUCCAAAGAAGCGAAGACGGCUCAUUCUAUUGGAUGAUGACUAUGAUGGAGAAGAGGCUGCAGAUGUGCAGUCAGAAGAUUUUAAUCAUCGGGCAGAUUCAAGUUCUUUAUCAGAAACAACUUUGAAAAAAAAGGUUCUUCCGGAGGCCAGUGAAAAAGCUGUGGGACUUUCUGGUACUCUUGAAAACUGUGUGAAGGACAAUCCAAGGAAGCGAAGACAGCUCAUUCUAUUGGAUGAUGCCGAUGAUGGAGAAGAGGCUGCAGAUGUGCAGUCAGAAGAUCUUAAUCAUCGGGCGGAUUCAAGUUCUUCAUCAGAAACCACUUUAAAACAAAACGUUCUUCUGGAGGUGAGUGGUACAGCUGUGGAACUUUCUGGUACUGUUCAAAAAUGUGUGAAGGACAGUCCAAGGAAGCGAAGACAGAUCAUCGUGUUGGAUGAUGACGAUGAUGGAGAAGUGGCUGCAAAUGUGCAGUCAGGAGAUUUUAAUCAUCGGGCGGAUUCAAGUUCUUUAUCAGAAACUACUUUGAAAAAAAACGCUCUUCUGGAAGCCAGUGAUACAGCUGUGGAACUUCCUGAUACUGUUCGAAACUGCUCAGAAGAAAAUUCAAGGAAGCGAAGAGAGAUCAUCCUGUUGGAUGAUGACGAUGAUGGAGAAGUGGCUGCAGAUGUGCAGUCAGGAGAUUUUAAUCAUCGGGCGGAUUCAAGUUCUUUAUCAGAAACUACUUUGAAAGAAAACACUCUUCUGGAAGCCAGUGAUACAGCUGUGGAACUUCCUGAUACUGUUCAAAACUGCUCGGAAGAAAAUUCAAGGAAGCGAAGACAGCUCAUUCUGUUGGAUGAUGACGAUGAUGGAAAAGAGGCUGCAGAUGUGCAGUCAGGAGAUUUUAAUCACCCGUCUCUUGAGUGCGAUGGAUCACUGAGCAAGCUCAGAAUAGACACGGAAGUUUGUGUGGAAGAGACUGUACAUACUGGAGAAUUGAAUGAUCGAAAUCUCAGUGCUGCACAGCUGGAUAUUUUGAUUCCCGGAUCUUCUGAGAUUACUCAGCCUGUAGAGAAACGGAGGCGAUAUACACUGGCGAAUGAAGAUGACGAAGAUGGAGAGGUUAUUAUUGGUACCAGCAACUCUCCAAAGUUGACAUCGGAAACUUUAGUUGCAAAGGACGAUGGUCUCCAAUCCAGAAUAAAACUCGAUUCAGAGUCUGCCAAUCAGCAAAGACGUAUGUUGUCACAACCCAUUGAUGAACCUAUCUGGAGUGGACUCCUUAAGAUAAACAAUGAAGUAUUUGUCUCACUUGUUGCACACAUGUCGUCCAAAGCAUGUAGGCCUGUGUGGGAAUUGUCAACGUCGUUGCAGCCAGUAAUUGAAGUAAUCAAGCUCCCUCAGUUGGAAGCCUGGCCAAAGAGCUGGAAGGUUUCAGGACCUACUGAUGGUGACAUUGCAUUGUAUUUCUUCCCGCCCAGCAUGAGCCCAAGUAAAGAGUCAGAUGUUCUAGUGGAGGAAAUUAUUGAUAGCGGUGCUGCCAUAAAAGCUGUUGUUGGUGUUGCUGAGCUGCUAAUCUUCCCCUCCACAAUAUUGCCAGAGCAAUAUCAUGUCUGCCAGGGCAAACACUACCUGUGGGGAGUGUUCAAGCGCAGGGAAGAUGAGUCUGACAAAGAUAUUUUAGUUGAAGAACAAGAUGCUUCAGCACGUGCCAAGGAAGGGGAGAUGCAAGAACACCAUUUUAUGGACCAACAACAUGCACUGCAAUGUGAGUCACCAGACCAUGGAAGUUCUGCUGCGAAGCGUGCCGUUCAUGUUGAUAAUCAAUUGCUGGUGAAGCACAACUGUGAGGCGCAAGAGGGGGCGAUGAAAUCUACCAUGGGUGAAGGCCUACUCUCACCUGGCAAUGAUUCAUCAUCCGUAGAGCUAAACUCUCCAGAAACUAGAUCAAAUUGCUUCAUGCAGCCAAGAUCUGAUCCUAAACUGCACGUGCCUGAAGAAGCGGACCACCAGGAAGAUGAGCAAAGCUUCACCAGGCCAUCAACUGACCUUGGACCUUCCGCAACCACUGUCAAGUUGAUCGAUUCUGCGGGGGCAGUGCCUCCCACGACUCAUCAGUUGUUUGGAUUCGUCACAGCGCGGACACCGAGAGCACAGCAACUCAUCCAGGAGAUGGUUGACGAAGGUGCACUUUUAUUCUCGGUGGCUGAAGAGACUGCGACCGUGGGAUCCAGGGUAGGCAAUGAUACCGAAGUGCAGGUACAUCCGACAAUGCAAGACCGCCGCCAGCCCAUUGGAUUCGUUCCACUGGAUGAUGAUGUGGCUUCGGAGGCCUGCCUGGAACUGUUCCCAGUCCGGCAGGAGCAUAAUGGAUGGACUCCUAGGGUAGAAGCUAGCAAGGAGGUAGAUCUUGACCUGAGCCUUAGCGCGCGCUCAGGAGCACCGUUGGGGUCGUUCCUGUGA